CAUCUGACUGGAGGGCAUGUGACCUCACCAAAGGGUAAACAGACCUGUUGCCCCUGAAUAGAGGUAGAGGGAACGAGAAGAAGGUGUGUGAGAAAGAGAAAGAGAGAGGGAGAGAGAGAGAGAGAGAGGCAGGAAAAAAAAAGGAAAACUCCACCUGCUUCGUACACAUAUAUUCAUUCAUCUCAACCUCACCUAGGCAACCUAACCGCCACACCUGCAGGCUGGACUCAAACACUAAAGGAGCACAGGAGACUCAACACGGGAGACAUUGAGAUCCAGGUACAAGAUCAACGCAGCAGGAGCUAAGAGACUCCUCUCCUGAAGACUGGACUAAAGUCACUUGACAGUGGAGCAAGUCCGGUCAUGUCAGGUGUGUUAUCAUCGGGGAGAGCAGUUAUCUGUCUCAGCCUUGCUUCCUGACUGGGGAUCCGGGCAAGAGAGCAAGCACAGAGCGGAUGGUGCAUCAGACACCAGCCAGAUAAGAAGACAAGACCAUUUCAAUGAGGAUGCUUUCCAUUUAAACCGCAGCAGAAAACAUUGAUUCCAUCACGCAGUGAUAACGCGAUUAAGAAACACUCCAGUGCUGAAUCCACCUCACCGGCAGGAUGCCGUUGAAGACCUCGCUAUACCGCAAGCCUGCUUCGGCUCGCUGGCCCCGCCGGAUGUCCAAGCGCCGGGAAGUCAUCUCCGUCAACAUGAUCAGCCUGCCGCUGGGCGACUUCCGCCACCUCUCCCACAUCGGCUCGGACGGGCAGGGGGACCGCUUCGGAGACCUGUCCUUCCUGAAGCACGGACACAGCCUGCUGCUCCAGAGUUCCCAGAGCGAGCAGAACCUCUUCCUGGCCUGCUCGCCGCCGCCGCCCCCAAAGCCCCCGCGCCUCAACCUGGACGAGGCCGAGGGCCAGGAGAGCCCCGACUGGCCGGCCCGGCGCCAGAGCUCGGCGCACCGGCGGAAGAAGUGCAGCUCCCUCCCGCUGCUCGACAGCGAGGAGGGCGACAUGGCGGAGGACGAGCCGUCCGGGUCGGACCGCACCAGCACCAGCACCAGCCCCGGCCACGGGAGCCUGAACUCAGGGAGAGACUACAGCCAGGCUCCCAUGGACAUGUCACAGCCAGAUGAGAUCGACUCGGCAUUCUCCUUCAGUCUUGACCUCGGCCCGUCCAUUCUGGAUGAUGUGCUUCAGGUGAUGGACAAGCAUUAUCAGUAAAGCAAUGGGGCCUGGAGAAGCCAGAACUGAAAUAAGCCCUGGGGCCUGUCAGACCUGGAGCUUCCAAGUGUCUUUGAACAACUAAUAUUGUUAUAUCACAACACUCCCCCUAUGGUCAUCACCGUGGCUUAUCAAAGAAGCUUUGGGUAAAUAUAGUGAUAAACAGUUCCACUUUGGAUGGAGGAAAAUCAUGACUUUUCUGUCACAUAGGCGUUUUUGUGGUACUAUCGCUAAUAGGAUGUUGCUGAUGCAAGCCAUGGUGGCUUCCAGAAGCAUCAGCAGGACCUGCUAUCCCCACAAUCAUCUCGGAUCGCUGGACCUCCCCCGGAACACAGUGCGGAUAGAUGGAUAUCAGGCCUGAUUCCUAUCUUAAGCUCAUAGCUGCUGACACAAGAGGACCAACAUGCUUGCACGCGCGCACCAGCGAGCGAGCGAGCGAGCGAACACACACACACACACACACACACACACACACACACACACACACACACACACACACACACACACACACACACACACACACACACACACACACACACACACACACACACACACACACACACACACACACAAUCUCCUCUCUGUGUGAAUGGGAGGUCAUCUGAAAAGCAGACAGCAAUAACAAAACGCAGACUCCCGCCAGUAUUGUGCAACUUACUAUUGGGUUUCUUCCUGGAAGUGUGGAAUUAGGCAACAGCCAUUCAACAAAUUCAUAACUCUGAGCCAACACUUUGACCAGUGACCUUAUGUUACAUUUGGGUAAUGGGCUUUCUACAGUAUCAAAGAGCCUAGAGCCUUUUGGAUUUCAGGGUGCAAUUAUACACUGAAAGGUAAGGGUUAAAACAGUUUGAACAUACUGUAUCUUCACAUGAGUUGUCCUUGAUAAGAUGGAGGAACAAAAAGUUAAUAUUCUCCUGUUAAUAUUUGCCUAUGUUACAACAUUAUACCUACAGUAGUUAAUAAUUUAGCAGCUUCAUCAGGAGUGAAAUGGACCUUUUAGAAAACAAUGUCUUGGUGAACUUGAUUUGUUUGCUGUACUCCCACUGUUGCUAUGUACUGUACUGGUUUAGUGGGUACACACACAUUAAAAUGUUUUUCUAUUUUAAUAUUUGGGGUUUUCGUAUUGUAGCGAACUCCU